GAGCUUGUCAGAGGAGGAGCGAUCCAUCGCGCCGCCGCCAAGAGCCAGAGAACGUGGGUCUAAAACAAGACGGGUGACACUAUUUUGCCCCAAAGUCAAAUGUCCCGUUUCCGGUGGCUCACGGGGGACCGCACUGGCUCCGGCGCCCACAGGGGCGCGGCGCGCGCAGAGUGGCGCCGGAGGCGGGGCCUCGCGCAGGGCGCCUGGGGAUUGGCUGCAGGAGGCAGGGGGCGGGGCCGGCACCGGAGAAAACGGCGCGCGCGCAGCCGGGUGCCGUCCCAACCCCGAGCCUGAGCCCGCCGGAGCCUGCGCCGCGCCCGCCGCUGCGCCUUUCACCGCGGAGCCCCGGCCCGGUCCUCCCGCCCGCUCCUGCGCAGCGCGAGCCUAUUCCCGCCCCCCAGCUCCCGUCCCGCGCGGUGCAGCCCCGGCUGGAGCGGCGAUGCGCCUUAUUCAGAACAUGUGUACCAUCGCUGAGUACCCCACUCCGGGCAGCGCCGCCGCCGCCGAUUGCUGCUUGGGGGCGGCGGGCCGCCGUCUGGUCAAGAUCGCCGUGGUUGGGGCCAGCGGCGUGGGCAAGACCGCUCUGGUGGUCCGGUUCCUUACCAAACGAUUCAUUGGUGACUACGAACGAAAUGCAGGUAAUCUUUAUACCAGACAAGUCCAAAUAGAAGGUGAAACCCUGGCUAUUCAGGUUCAAGACACUCCAGGUGUUCAGGUCCACGAGAAUGGCUUGAGCUGCAACGAGCAGCUGAAUAGGUGCAUUCGCUGGGCUGACGCCGUGGUGAUCGUUUUCUCCAUCACUGACCACAAGAGCUAUGAACUCAUCGGCCAGCUCCACCAGCACAUCCAGCAGCUACACCUGGGCACCCGGCUGCCUGUGGUGGUCGUGGCCAACAAGGCUGACCUGUUGCACAUCAAGCAGGUGGACCCUCAGCUCGGACUGCAGCUGGCCAGCAUGCUGGGCUGCUCCUUCUAUGAAGUGUCGGUCAGUGAAAAUUACAACGACGUCUACAACGCUUUCCACGUCCUGUGCAAAGAAGUGAGUCACAAACAGCAGCCCAGCAGCACGCCAGAGAAGCGAAGAACCUCCCUCAUCCCCAGGCCCAAGUCGCCCAACAUGCAGGACCUGAAGAGGAGGUUCAAGCAAGCGCUCUCGGCCAAAGUGAGGACUGUCACCUCCGUGUGAAGCAGGGGUGCUCAAGGGGGUUGGCCUUCCUGGAAAGAGGGCCUGAGGUUCUUCCGGGACGGGAAUGUUGAAUGCUGCCAGUGAUUCAUGGUUCCAGAAGGGGCUGGAGCAGAGGGGCCAGGAGGGCCUACGGGACUGCUGCAGAAAAGGAAGCGUUGUUCUGAGCAGGGGGACAGAAUUGAUGAGGCUUGAAGGAGCCCACCGAGCCACACUCUGCAUAUGUGAAAUAGACUCUUUUUCUCUGCAGUGGGGAGCGGGCAUGAUCGCGGUGGAUUUGGUUCUUAAGUACCUUGUAAAUGAUGGUCGGUUGUAGUUUUGCCAAAUAUAUUGAUGUGAUUUACAAUGGGAAUGAAAGAACAGAUUCAGCUCUCACAGGCUUUCCUUUUUUUUUUUUUUUCACUUCUUUCUUUUUUUAUCCCCCCAAGAGGAAGAAUUGCUUUUCUCUUACAAGUAUGAUUUGCAUCUCUGGAACACUAUUCCUUACAGAAUGCCUUCCUAACCUGAAGGAUACCCAGUUUUUUUUUUAAAGAACAAAGAGGAAAAUACUAGCCCUCCCCCCACCCCCCCAAAAAAAGGUGGAGUUCAUGGGCUGAGUGCUGUGUCGAUGGAG